AUGUCGCGCGACUGGGGCGACAAUGCUGGCCGCCCCAAGCGGACCUUGGAGGACCGCCAUGCCCCGUCCCGCUCCUCCCCCGAGGGCUUGCGACGGGAGGCGGACCUGCGUCGGGAGCUGUCCUCCAGGGACCAGCGCCGCUCGCCCCCUAGCGAUUCCCGGUGCUCCCCUGGUCGGGACGGCCGCCGCUCGCCGGCCCGGGACGGCCGUCGCUCCCCGCCCCGUGACGACCGCCGGGAUCGCCCUCGGUCGCCUGCCCCCGAGACUUGGCGCGCUGAACAACGUCGCUCUCCCUCGCCUGAGCGGCGCCGUGCUCGCUUCCCCUCCCCGGGCCGCAACCCCGUUCCACCUGCCGCCGAUGCUCCUACGCGCCGCUACCAACCCCCGCAGAACCAGCCUAACUUCCCUCCCGCCAAUGGAGGGAAUGGGGGCGGGGGCGCCAAGGCGUGA